AUGGGACACAAUGGCAAUGAACGUGAGAUCGAGGCAUCUCAACUUGCUAGUGCUAUGGUUGAGAUAAAUAUCAAGACAUUGGAUUCUCAAACGCACACAUUACGUGUAGAUAAAUGUGUUCCUGUUCCCGCACUGAAGGAGCAAAUUGCUUCUGUGACUGGUGUUGUUACAGAACAACAACGCUUGAUAUGUCGUGGACAAGUUAUGAAGGAUGAUCAACUCCUAUCAGCCUAUCAUGUUGAAGAUGGCCACACUCUCCACAUGGUUGUCAGACAACCCAUUCCACCAUUAUCAGAGAGUGCAACUACUAACGGAGCGGCUGAUCCUGCUUUGAGUGCUGGUGACAGCCAGGGCAGUCAACGAUCACGUGUUGUAGUCGGUUCCUUCAACAUUGCUGAGCAAGCAGAUGGAAUCUAUUCAGACCUUGGUCAGAUUGUUUCAGCUGUUCUCGGUUCACUUGGGAUAUCUAGUGCAGAAGGUGGUAUUGAAGGGCUUGAUGCUAUGGGUCCUCUUCAUGAGAGGUUGUCUCGGAGUUCUGGUCCUGACACUGCAAGAGAUUCUUCUGGAGGGCGAUCUGCCACACCAAAUUCUGUGGACCAGACGUUUACUCCCCUUUCAUCUUCACAACCAGCAGCGAUUCCAGAUUCGUUGACUACCUUAUCUGAGUAUCUGAACCAUCUGAGACAAGAAUUUGCUGCUAAUGGCAGCAACGCUAAUAACUUGCAAGAUUCUGAAAAUUCAGUGGGCAAUGUGCAAGAGUCUGGUUCUACUGCUGAAGAGACUCGGAUCCCAAGACCAUCUCAUUUGGCAGAAGUGUUGCAAUCGACAAGGCAAUUGCUGACCGGUGAAGUAGCAGAUUGCUUAACUAAUCUCUCAAGGCAGCUCGUGGAUCAUGUAAAUGUGACUGAUCCGUCAACGCGAAGGUUGUGCCAGUCAAGCAUGCUUCAGUCAGGAUCCCUCUUGGAGAAUCUAGGCAUUUCACUUCUGGAGCUUGGCCGUGCCACCAUGAUGCUCCGUUUAGGACAAACACCGGAUGAUGCGGUUGUUAAUGCUGGGCCUGCAGUGUUCAUAUCCCCUACAGGGAGAAAUCCCUUGCCGUCCCACUCCUCUCGGCUGGGAGCGAGUAUUGGAGGGUUACAAGCAGGACCUGGACAAUUGCUUGCCUCUGCCCCAAGAAAUAUUGAGAUAAGAAUACGCACAGGAUCUUGGAUGCAUUCCGGUGAGGCCAACCAGAGAGAAGAAAGUCCUACACAGCAAUCCCCUGGGCAGGCAAUUCCACCUGCAGCUAGCGGCAUUACUGAUUCUGCCCCCUCAAUGAGAGGCCCGUCUGAAACUCCUCGAAAUCCCGUGGCCUUAGUUAUACCCGUUGUUGCUAGAUAUCAGGUAUCUUCUGGUGAACGUAGCUCUACUGGAAUUGAUGGUGUACAUCAGCCUGUUGCUGAAUCCUCUAGGCAGCCACAGAGCACCAGUGCUCCCGGAAGAGAAGGUGAUAACAGUUCUUCUACAGGCGGUCGAGGUUUGUCUGAGUUAAGGAACAGAAUCAAUCAGUUUUUGAGGCCCUUAUCUCGUCGAGAAAAUGUUCAAGUGGGGACCCCUCAGUCUGAGGUUGCAGCAAAUCCGCCUGCCACAGAAACAAACGAAGCAGUUGCAAAUGCACAAGUAGAGCCGGCAGCAACGGGGACAGAUGAAGGGAAUUUCUUAUCAAGUGUUCUUCAGCAGAUCAUGCCCUUUAUAUCUCAAAACGUGCCCUCGAGCUCGGAUGGAGCUGCAGGCAGAGGCAGCAACAGUGAUAGACAAGCGUCUUCAAGAGAGGAGGAAAGAAUGGAGAGAGGGGAUUCAAGCCGGAGAAGUGAAUCGUCGCCUCCAGAGUCAAAGCGUCAAAAGAGAGAGUGA